CUCCUGUUAUAUGACUGUCUACACUUCGACCCCGACAUAUUCUCUCUUCCUCUCGCCUUCCGCUCUCGUCCUCAUUUUCAAGCUCAUGCCCGCGCUCUGCGAGAGUUUGAACAUUUCGAAGCUAUCCUCCCUUGCAACGUCGGCGCCAACAUGAAGCUACUAUUCACGGCCCUCUGCGGCCUGCUCAUCCUUCUCCAAUCCGCGGCAAUGGCCUCCGCCCAAGAGACCGCCGAAAGGGCCGCGUCCGGCCUCAAAUGCGUCAUGUAUCUCACUGGCCAACACCCCAAUGUCCCCUCUAGAGAGCUCGUGUCUCACAUCACCCACGUGGAGCUGGCUUUCAUGAACUCGGACACCUUCAAUAAGGACGUGGCCGAGUGGCCUCUCUUCACCACCGUCGACAAGGUCCGCACCCAGUUCAUGCCCGGCACCAAGGUAAUGGUCGCCAUUGGCGGCUGGAGCGACACCAAGGGUUUCGACACCGCCGCCCGUACCCCAGAGUCGCGGAGGAAAUGGGCCCAAAAUGUUGCCGACAUGGUCAAGGCAACCGGCGCUGACGGUAUUGAUAUGGACUGGGAAUACCCUGGCGGUAAUGGCGAAGACUACAAGGACAACACCAACGAGGAAAAGAGGUGGGAGAUUGAGGCUUACCCCUUACUGCUUGAGGAGGUCCGCAGGCAGCUCCCAAGGGGCAAGCUCAUCUCGGCUGCCACUCCAGGCCUCGAGCGCGACAUGAUUGCCUUCACCAGGGAGACGGUCCCUCGCAUCGUGCGCAGCCUCGACUUCGUUAAUGUCAUGACCUACGACAUGAUGAACCGUCGAGACAACGUGACAAAGCACCACACGGGUAUGGAGCUGUCCAGAAUUGCCGUCGACAACUACAUGGCCAGAGGAGUCCCGGCCCAUAAGAUCAACCUCGGCUUCGCCUUCUACACCAAGUGGUUUAAGACGACGGAUUGCCCCGAGGGCAAGGAGGUCGGAUGCCCGACACCCCUCAUGGAGGAUCCCGUCACGGGUGGGGACCUGGGCCAGACGGGAGGCUUCAGCUGGAACGAUGGGGUGCAAGAAGACGUAAAGGCCUCGUUCGAGAGAGCCCAGAAGGAGGGCAAGUAUGACAAGGAGGGCGGUGGGUACUACUACCUUGACAGGGCCGAGAAGCGGUUCUGGACAUAUGAUACCCCCGAUGCCAUCCUGCGCAAAUUCCCUGCCCUCGUUGACGACAAGAGACUCGGCGGUGUCUUUGCCUGGGGCCUGGGCGAGGACGGGCCUGAGUACAACAACCUCAAGGCGGUCAACAAAGGCCUGGCAGAGCGCAGGGGCCGAGGCAGCUUUCCCUGGGGUCCGGGCCCUCGAGAGGCUGAUGAGCUGUAG